AUGCUUUCCAGGCCGUGCAGCUCCGUAGCUGAAAUUGGAAAUAAUAAGAUUGACAUUUUUUUUUUCAGAAGCUUCCUGUCUAGGCAGGCAUUUUUGGUUAACUUUUCUUUUGCCCUUGUUCAAUUUAGUAAAGUUUCAAUGCUACAAAUACUUGAGAAACUGAAGUACGAUCCUAAUGAUGAACGUAUCCAAUUAGAAAAGCAUUCAGAUAAAAUAGUCUUGCCUGAGAAAAUCCUAAACGAAUUAGUCAAUUUACAAAAAUUACAAGAUAUAGAAAAAUUGCCACAUCCUUUAGUAUUUCGAAUAAGCACACCAAGUAAUAAUGCAUAUGUUGGUGUUAAAGAAUUCCAUGAUUUAGACAAUGACAGUGUUUUCUUAACCGAGGAUGUGCGUGGAAGGCUAGGUAUACAAGAUGCAGGUGCUACAAUUCUAUCGGUUGAGUUGGCAUUAAAUGUUUCAGGUGAUGAUGUUGUUGAAAAGGCAAUGAUUAUACUAGAGCCUAUGGAAAAAUAUCAAGUAAAUGACUGGAAAACGUUUCUGGAAUCCACCCUGUCUAAGAGUUACACUGCAGUGACCACGGGAGAUAUCUUGACUUUUAACAUCGAGAAGUUUGAAUGUGAAUUGAAAGUAAGGUCUGUGAAGACCUCGAACCAUGUCAGAAGUGUAUGUGUUAUAGAUCGUGACAUUGAUCUCGAAAUAUAUGGGGACAAUGCGGUUGAUGUCCCCAUUAAUGGCAUUCAAGAAUGUGAAGAAGCAUCGGGUGAAAUUAGGAAAGGUAUGACUGUUAAGAUAAAUAUACCUGAAAAUCACGUACUGAAGAGCGAUGGAGAUUAUGCGAUUUCCAAUGAUCAGUUUGUUAGUGGCGACCGGUUUGAAUUUGCCACAGUUAAUGAAGGUAUUAAGGUGGGUCAGGGGAAGUAUGUUUAUGCAUUUACAGAUCUUAAAUUUGAGAUAUGUGAUCGUUAUGAGAAACCUGAAGGAGUUAUACCGGGCACUGUGAAAUGUGAGAACUGUGGUAAAGCUAUCAGUCCCUCUUCCAAGGUGAUGCAUGAAACCUUCUGCUUGAGAAACAACAUAAAAUGUGCCCAAUGUGGGAAAACUUUCCGUAAGGCUAUACCCGACAAACACUGGCACUGUUGUUCUACAUUUGGUGAUGAUGCAGAAUCUAAAGAGCUGCAUGAUCGGUAUAUGCAUGAACGACAAACGUGUGAAUGCGGGUAUAAUGGUGUUACUUAUAGUGUUUGCGUUCAUAGAAAUGAAUGUUUAUUAUCCCUACACGAAUGUCGAUAUUGUCAUUUAAUACUUCCACGAGGAGAGGAGUGUGUGGAAUCGAGGUACUACAGUGUCUCAGGACAUGAGUGGACAUGCGGUUCUAAGACCACGGAAUGUUUCAAAUGUGGAAAGAUUGUUCGAUUGAGGGAACUGGAUACACAUUUGAAAAACCACGAGUUUGUGGAAGCCGAAGUUAGUGAGCGAACUAUACAGUGCAGUAACGUUUUAUGUGUUAACAAAUUUACUGGUGAUAAUUCAAUUGGGCUGUGCACUGAAUGCUUCAGUCCACUAUAUUCCGAUAUUAGAGAUGAUGAUGGGAGAAGAUUGAAAGCCAGGAUUGAAAGAAGGUAUAUUCUGCAGCUGAAGAAUGGAUGUGGGGAUCUGCAGUGUGAUAACCAGUUGUGUGUGAGCAGCAGCGAAUGUAUCUGCAGAGGUUCUAUGGGUGAGAUUAUAAAGUUUGUGAAGAAGUGGGUCUCUGAAGGCCCAUACAUGUUCUGUGUUAGCCGUAAAAUGAGAGAACUACGUAAAAACAAAGGAUGA